AUGGCUCGUCGAAGCGCUUUCAAGACCGCUAUUGCGUCAUGCGCAUUCGUGCUGGCGGCCUGUGCGGCGGCGUCGCAGAUCAAGGGAAGCCAUGCUGCCAUUGAGAGCCUGAGCUUGGAGGAGCUUGAUGGCCGGCUUCAGACAUGCCCCGUUGUCCAGGAGCUCAACACCGCCAAAGCGGCCCAUUUCGAAGCCGCGCCCUCGUCCCUCACGACGCAGCUCUUCUCGGUGCUCUUCCCCGGCUCGCCCGCCGUGAAUGCGCUGCUGGCCACGCUGUACAUCUCCGGCCCGCCCAACUUCCUGCUCGCCCUCGUCCCGACAAACAUCGAUCCCUCCUCGCUGUCCGUCAUGGUGGCCUUUGCCGUCGGAGGCCUUCUCGGCGACACGCUCUUCCACCUGCUGCCCGAGAUCUUUGUCGGCGAGGACGAGCCGGACAGGGCCCGGUUUGUGCUUGUCGAGCCGAACCGCAACCUGAUCCUCGGCCUGGGCAUACUCGUUGGCUUCAUGACGUUUGUGGCCAUGGAUAAAGGCUUGCGAAUUGCGACGGGGGGCGAGGGCCAUGAUCAUUCGCACGGACACGCGCAUGGUGACGAGAAGCAUGCUAGGACGGCAGAUGUCGGUCUUUCUACUGGAGCAAACACCGUCCAGGGCGAGGCCAAGUUGAGGAAGAAGGGCGACAGCAAGGAGGUUCAGGCAGAUGAGCAGUCACAGCUCAAGGAGAUUAACCCCAGCGUAAAACUAGGCGGAUACCUCAACUUGAUUGCCGACUUCACCCACAACAUCACCGACGGCCUCGCCAUGUCUGCCAGCUUCUACGCCUCGCCCACCAUCGGCGCCACCACCACCGUCGCCGUCUUCUUCCACGAGAUCCCCCACGAGGUCGGCGACUUUGCGCUGCUCAUCCAGUCCGGCUUCUCCAAGCGCGCCGCCAUGGCGUCCCAGUUCGUCACCGCCAUCGGCGCCCUCAUGGGCACGCUCAUUGGCAUUGCCGUCCAGGAACUCGGCUCUGGAGGCGCCGACGGCGAGGCGAUGCCGCGAAUUGGGGGGCUCUGGGGAACAAGCCUGACAUGGGGCGAUAUGCUACUGCCGUUCACGGCUGGCACGUUCCUGUACGUCGGCACCGUCGCCGUCAUCCCGGAGCUGCUCGAGACGGGGCCCAACAAGGGCGAAGAGCUGCGGAAGACGCUGACGCAGUUUGCGGCCGUUGCAGCCGGGGCGGGCAUUAUGCUGUACAUUUCAUGGCAUGACUAA